AUGGCGGGAAAACGUCCCGCAUACUACGGCGGGGUCGGCCAGAGCACUGUCGCCGCUGCGACAGCCCUUCCGUUCCUCCUCCUCCUCAUCCUACCAGCGUCGACGGACGCCGGCGCAGCUCGACCCACCAUCAGCGCCGCUCUCCUCGCCGCCACUGGACCAGCGGCGCGCCGCGUUGGCGGCGCCGGCCGCUACGAGAAUCUCGCGCGGCGGGCGCUUCAAGACUACUCCGACUACGAGCCGUGGGUGGAACCACCCGAAGAAUGCCACGAGGAGCAGGGGAAUUUGAACUGCCCCAGUGGCGGCGGGUGCAUGCACGAGUCGCAGGUGUGCGACGGCAAGCCGCAUUGCUCCGACGGCAGCGACGAGUCGCCCGACUUCUGCCGCGAGUUCGACUGCGAGCUCGUUCGCAAGACUCUCCUUCCCACCCCUCUUUUGCCCCAUUUCCCCUUCCCGUUUCCCCUUUUCCCCUUUCCUCCCUUCCACCGUUUCCCCUUUUCUCCUUUGCCCCUGUUUCCCCAUCAAGGCCACCAGGUGUCCUGCCCCAUGCUCACCGGCUGUAUGCCUACUCCCAAGGCGCCUCAUAGUCAUUUCGUCUUGCCCCCUUCCCCUCGCUCACGGGGUGCAUGCCCCCGGGCGGGGAGUGCAACGGCGUGGCGGACUGCGCGGACGGCAGUGGCUCUUUCCCCCUCUUCCCCUCUUCCCUUGUUUCUCCACUGGGUCCGCCAGGUGUCCUGCCCCUCGCUCACCGGGUGCGUGCCCCCGGGAAGCGAGUGCAACGGCGUGGCGGACUGCGCGGACGGCCAUCAGGUGUCGUGCCCCACGCUCACGGGCUGCAUGCCCCCGGGCAGCGAGUGCAACGGCGUGGCGGACUGCGCGGACGGCAGCGACGAGGGGCGGCAGUGCCGGCAGGGCUACCAGGACGACAGCAACUACUGCGCCGACCAGGGCCUCGAGCAGUGCCCCUCCGACCGCUACGCGUGCCUGCGCCAGGAGGAUUAUUGCGACGGUUACGAGACGUGCUACGGCUGCCCCGAGGGGUUUAAGAAGUGUGCGGAUGGGUUGCAGUGCGUUGCAGAGGGGUUGUUUUGUGAUGGGACGGUGAAUUGCAACGAUGGGAGUGACGAAGGGGCAGCAACGUGUGCUGUGAACCCCCCUGCUGGGGAUGGAACAGGCACGGUUACCACUACUCCUCCUCCUCCUCCUCCUCCUCCUGCUGAAACUGGAUCGGGCUCUUCUGGAAGCGGCACUACAUCUCCUCCUGCUCCUCCUCCUCCUCCUACUCCAACUGUGCCCCCCGGUGGCGGCAGCGGCAGUGGGGGCUCGUCUGGUUCUUCCGGAGGGACUGUGGUGCUGAGUGCUGAAGAGGUGGCGAGGCAGAGGAAGGAAGCAGCGGCACGGAGGGCGGCUGCUGUUGCUGCUAAGAAGCAGGCUGCUGCUGCUAAGCAUGCUGCUGUGGAGGCACGGCGGGCGAAGCAGGAGGCGAAAGCAGCUGCGAUUGCUGAGAAGAAGAAGAAGCAGGAGGAGAAGGCUGCUGCUGUUGCGGAGAAGAAGAGGCUUCAGGAAGCUAAGGCGGCUGCUAUAGCUGAGAAGAAGAGGAAGCAGGAGGAAAAAGCUGCUGCUAUUGCUGAGAAAAAGAGGAUGCAGGAAGCUAAGGCUGCUGCUAUUGCUGAGAAGAAGAGGAAGCAGGCAGAAAAGGCAGCUGCGAUUGAGGCUAAGAAGAAGAAGCAGGCUGAGAAGGCUGCGGCGAUAGAGGCUAGGAAGGAGAGGGAGGCUGCAAGGGCAGCAGCUGCGACCAAGUGA